AUGUAAAAGUCUAUGGACGUAUCUCACGUGCCUACAAAUUUCCGCUUUUCCUAUACGCCCGUUUUAUCGAUACUUGUUGCACAACUCAUCUCUCACUAAUUGCGUUUAUGUAAUAUUAAAGCACGUUGUUAUAACUGUCGAUUUUUGUUCAUAUAUUUCCUUUAAUUUUCUCCAAUUUUAACCUUGUUUUAUAUCACCACGGAGAGUCGUCGCAAUUGAAUUAGAUCGUAUUGAAAUAGUCGUGGCAGCAAAGAAGACAUGCAAUCUAGUGAGAUGACGUAGGAAUGAUGUUAACAAGAGCCUAUUUCCUGGCGAGGGCAAAUAAGAUUCCAUCAUUUAAUACAGUGAGGAACAUCAGAAGUAUUGCUGAGAUGUCAAAGUUUGAUCUUCCUGCUCGUUUGAAGGGCAAUGAAAAAUCUGUCUGGAUCGAAUACAAUCAACUCGCUCAACAGUACAAACCAUUAAAUUUAGGUCAGGGAUUUCCUGAUUAUCAUGCACCCAAAAAUAUAACUGAUGCCUUAGCUGCUACUGCAAAUAGUGACAACCCACUUUUACAGCAAUAUACUAAAGGAUUUGGUCAUCCAAGAUUAGUGAAUGCAAUUGCUAAACUGUAUUCCAAAGUCACUAACCGUACCUUAGAUCCUAAUGAGGAAGUAUUAGUUACUUCUGGUGCUUACGAAGCAUUGUUUGUCACCAUCAAUGGACAUACAAAUCCUGGAGAUGAAUGGAUUGUUAUUGAACCUUUCUUUGAUUGUUAUGUGCCUAUGAUAAAUGCAGCUGGUGGAAUUCCUAGAUACAUUGCACUAAAACCGAACUCCACAACGGGCAUAAUCAGUUCUGGUGACUGGGUAUUUGAUAGAAAGGAAAUGGAAAGCCUUUUCAAUGAAAAAACCAAAGGUAUCAUUAUCAAUACACCCCACAAUCCGGUAGGAAAAGUAUUCACGUUAGACGAGUUACAAUUUAUUGCUGAUCUCGCGAAGAAGUGGAACACUCUCGUGGUAUCAGACGAAGUUUACGAGUGGAUCGUCUACAAGCCAUAUCGUCAUAUAAGAAUAGCGACGUUGCCGGAUAUGUUUAAACGUACAAUAACAAUUGGAUCAGCUGGUAAGACAUUCAGCGUAACAGGCUGGAAAAUAGGCUGGGCAUAUGGACCAGCAAAUUUAAUGUAUAAUCUGAAAGUGAUGCAUCAGAACACUGUGUACACUUGUACCACUCCGAUUCAGGAAGCUGUGGCCAUUGGUUUCGAGCAAGAGUUUGAACGUUUAGGCCAGCCAGAGUGCUACUUCCACAGUCUGGCGGAAGAACUGUUGCCGAAGCGAGAUUACAUGGCGAAAUUCCUAUCGGAAGUCGGUAUGGUGCCGACGAUACCCGAGGGCGGAUACUUCAUGCUCAGCAAUUGGACAUUGUUGGAGAAUAAGACGAAUCUAAACGAGGAGACAGACGAGCACAAGGACUACAGAUUUACCAAGUGGAUGCUUAAGAACGUCGGCCUCCUCGGUAUUCCACCCUCUGUGUUUUACGGCCCCGAUCACGGACAUCUAGGCGAGGACUACGUACGGUACUGCUUUAUCAAGAAAGAUGAAAACUUAAAGGCCGCUGACGAUAUCUUGAAGAAAUGGGCAUCGCAAUAAUUUAUACUAUAUAUAUAUAUAUACGCACAAUGUAUAUAUGUACAAUGUAUAUUCUUUAACGAUUUACAUUCAGCUGAUCUUCCUAUUAAUUAAAUCAGUCAGCUCUUUAUAUAUUAUGUCUCUGACACGGCAAAAUUAUAUAAUACCAUUAAGAAGGUGUGAAACUUUAUACGAUUUUUACACACAUUUGUAUUUCAACAAGUUUGUUUAUAUGCAUUCUUAGAAUUUUUAUCUAAAUAUAUUUCCAUUUGCGCGUAUAAACAUCAGGAAUUUUUCUACGAUGUUUUUACGUCUGUUGAUUCUGUGAUUCAUAGUUGUGAUAAUGAUUCUGUCUAUCAUUGUUUAUAAUAAAUAACGUUAACUGUGAAGCCAGAUUAGACAGAGUUUUGUAUUCGGAGCCAUCUCUUGGCGUCUCUUGUGUCAGCUUCGAAGGUUUUGCCGUAUCUGCAAAGUAAACAUUUGAAAAAAU